AUGUCCUCCAAGCCAGGAUCUCAAACAGUAACAAGCACUAAUGACAAUACAGACGACGAGACUAAACAGCCAGUCGAAACGGCAGAGCCUUCAGAUCAGCCAUCAAUUUCUUCCACGGCAGUGGCUUUUAUUCUCUUGGGACUGAGCUUACCCGUUUUUCUCAUUGCCCUGGACACUUCCAUUGUUGCUACAGCUAUUCCUUAUAUCACAGAUCGAUUCCGAUCCACGCAAGAUAUUGGGUGGUACGGGAGCGCAUAUUUCCUUGCACUAUGCUCACUACAGCCGAUAAGUGGUAAACUCUACGCGACAUUUUCUCUCAAAUGGACAUUCCUCAGCUUCUUUGCUGUUUUUGAGCUCGGCUCUCUACUAUGUGCCACGGCUGUGAGCUCUAAUAUGUUUAUCGGGGGGCGUGCUGUUGCAGGAGCCGGAGGAGCAGGUAUCGUUUCUGGUGCCUUUUCCAUUGUUGCAUUCAUUGCUCCACUCCAGAAAAGACCGCUGUAUAUCGGAUUUAUCUCCUCGUUUUUUGGAAUUGCGACCGUAAUUGGCCCUCUGAUCGGAGGGGCUUUCACAGAACAUGUAUCAUGGCGAUGGUGUUUCUACAUCAACCUACCAAUCGGUGCAGUAGCCGGCCUGGUGUUGAUAUUGGUCUUCAACCCGCCCACGAGAGCAAUAGAAACAGAGCCCAUCGCCCGCCGCAUCCGGGCUCUCGAUCUUAUCGGUGCAUCUCUCUUCAUUCCGGCAAUCCUGAUGGCUCUACUUGCGCUUCAAUGGGGAGGGUCCACAUAUGCCUGGAAGUCAGCGACUAUCAUCGGACUUUUCCUCGGCUUCGGAGGUCUCUGUGUAGUCUUCGUCAUCUGGCAGGUUUACAAAGGCGAAGAAGCCAUGCUGCCCAUGACCAUACUCCUCAACCGCACUGUUGCUUUCAGCAGCCUGACUCUAGCGUUUGCAUAUGGCGCAAUAUUUUCAGUCGUGUAUUAUCUUCCAGAGUGGUUCCAAGUCGUCAAAGGGGCUGGUCCAAUCAGAAGUGGCGUCAUGAAUCUCCCGACCUUCAUUCCGCAAAUCGCGGCCGCCCUCCUAUCUGGAGCAUUGGCCCCCAAACUAGGUCCUCUAAACCCCUGGGUCUAUAUUGGUUGUGCUCUCAUGGCUAUCGGCAUUGGUCUCUAUGGUACAUUUGAUCUCUCUACGCCCUCCUCACAUUGGAUAGGCUAUCAAAUCCUUCCGGGCAUAGGAUUUGGCUUGAUGGCUCAAAUGCCCGUUGUAGCGGUGCAAGCAUCCUUGCCGACUUCGCAAAGUCCUCUUGGCGUUUCUACUGCUACUUUCUCUCAAUUCUUUGGCAGUGCCAUUUUUCUCGCAAUUUCUCAAGCUGUUUUUGCCAAUAUUUUCAUUAAUAAGUUGACGGUGGACAUCCCCGGUGUUGAUUUACAGAGCCUGCUUGCCAGUGGCUCAGGGGCUAUUCGCGAGCUGGUGCCCCCAGACGAUUUGCCCGUUGUUCUGGGGGCAUUUAACCAGGCUCUCGUAGGUACAUUCUAUCUCUCUGCAGCGGCGUCUGCAGCUGCGGUUCUGAUAUCGUUUGGGAUACCUUGGAUCAACAUUAAAGGAAAGAAUUUGGUUAUAGAGCCCGGAGCAUAA